UUUUCAGGUGACAUUUGGAACUGGUUUGUGCAGCUUCGCAUCUCAUUACAACCAUAUUUGAGUAUACAAAUCACUAAUGGUCUCCACAGCCCCCGAAGGCCCAAAGAGGCGGCGCAAUCGGCCGUCGAGAAGAGCUUUGGAUAUACUCCGUAGGGCGCGAGAAACAGCGGCGGCAGCCGCUCAGGCCGCCGCGGAGGCAGCUGAACUUAUUGCCCGUAGCAGGGGUAGGCGACGGCGACCCCCAUUUUACGCACGCCAUGAUGCGCCACAGUCUUCAGCGAUGCACCAGCCGCCGCGUUCCGCGCCCGCGGACAGUGGGCAUACCUCUGUCGGUCCCAACUUUAGGGAAAUGGAAGAGGGUGCGAAUGAUGGAUCCAAUGCAGAUGGGGUUAAGCGCCGUAGACCACCCGGAUACUGGGCUAGAAGGCGAAAAUAUAGAAGAGAGCGACGCGCCGCUGAGGCUGCUGCUGCCGCUGCUGAGUCGGAUGAGUUUUAUUAUGGCCCUCAUGGGAUGCACAUGGAUCCUUUCGCUUACCCGGCGGAAUUUUACCCUGACGAUUACCCACCACCGGAAUGCGAAGGUUACAUAUGGCCAGAAACUCGAGGUGGUUAUCCGCCUCCGUUGGGCCCAUCAUUCGAAGUGUACCCAGGUGACAGGAUGCAGUCCCAUGUGGGUCGCCGUGCUGGUCGUGCUCGCAAUAGUGAGUACUUGGCACAGGCACGCGCUUUGAUCAGAGCUCAAAACGCGGGACUACGAACGCACCAAGACACAAGGCGUUAUUCGGCCCCUUUAGUACCUCCGGAAGCAUGGGGUCCACCAACCCACCCAUACGACGCCAGAUGGUAAACGACGGGUCGCCGCUUAGCGCUCGCGGGCUUAGCAAUCGAGGCACCUUUAGCUCCAUUAAUGGUUUCCUUGCUCAUGGUCUAGCGGUGACUUCCCGUCGCAUCCAUGCCCAAUCACCUGUACAUGCUUCAUAUCUUCGUGUUGUUGCGGCGGCUCGUUUCUCGCUGAGUGGACCGCGUACUUGCUCUCGUUUGUCGUCAAUCGGACAUAAAGUGUUAUUAAGUUGCACUUGUUUUGCCAUCCUGCUCCAUCAGUUGUUCUGUGAACGCGGCGUAAUCCUGGCGUCUGUUGGUUGGCCGGGUUGCGAAAGUCCAUUCACCCGAAUGAAGCCGACCUAGCUAUAACUGCUAGGCUUGAUAGCGUUGUACAAUUAUGGCAGCGAAUUCAGCAAGUUACACUUAAAUGAACUCGCAAAAUGGAGUGAAUCUACUCCGUUUGCCUCAUGGUGAAACGAGCUGCACUCACUCAACGCUUAGUUGGCAGUGUGAGGCCCAAUUUGUCUCCGGUAUUCUGUGGACAAAUCCUGGAUGGUUUUCAACAGGCCAACCAACCUUUCAAUUUAUCAUUGUUAAUCAUUGCUUACCCGCCCGAUAAGUUUUUGUGGGUGUGGG